AUGUCGAUUGGGCACGGCGCGAGCGGCACAGCGACAAAUGCUGCGGCGAUGAAUCUUGCAGGCGCAGAGCCGCCUUUUAUAGCGCCGCGGCCCCCGCGCGCGACCCUGGAGCAGCGGAUCCAGAUUCUGGACCUGUACCAUAGCACGAAGAUGACCCAGGCACAGGUGGUCAACCGGUUCCGGGAUCAGGUGUCGAUAUCGGGUUCUACACUAAGCGAGUGGGUAAAGCGGGAGCAAGAGCUGCGGGAGCGGUACCGGGAACUGCAGAGCAGGCAGAUCGCGAAGGCCAAAAAGGAGAAAAAUAAAAGCAGCUACAAGUACAGCCGCAUGAACGAGAUGAUGGACCACUAUCUGUGCAUGUUACGCGAAAAAAACAUCCAGAUCACGGAAGGCAUCUUGCGGGAUUGUUGGCAGCGCUACGCACGGCAACUCGGCGUCACCGAUCCAAAACGGCUUAAAUCGUUCAGCAACGGAUGGCUGACACAAUUCAAAAAACGUCACGGCCUCAAGCUUAAACAGAACGAUAGGGCCUGUCUCAAAGAGGAGCAUCCGGACCAGAUGGCCCAGCCGCAGGUACUACAGGAGCCUCCAGUAGGGGGGACAGGGGGGCUAUUUACGUCUACUGCAUCGGGUAGCGAGAAUAAAUACAUGCAACAUGGGUACCAGGGUAUGGCGUCCGGCCCAGUUCCGGAUAUGACCGCCGUGGCGGAUGUGAAGAUGAUCCCGCAAGACAGUGCCUGUAUAAUGAAAAACGUCUUUGAGGUCUCGAACUCUGCGCCAACCAAAGCAAUGGCUGAUAUUUCGAAAGCGGCUCCGGGCCAUCUUCGCCAGUACGACCGCGACCAGCAACUGCAGGAUAUAACGCUAGAAGACUGUAACAGUUCUAUAGCCGGGACUACCGGCAGGCUGAUAGGCAGGCUGCCGAAAGAACACGGAUAUCAGUUUAACUCGGAAUUGGUAGACCCGGUACAUCCACCAAAUGAAGUACCUAUAAACCCCCCUGUUAAUGGAUGUAUCCCCCAGGCAGGUGUGAUCGGUGAGGUCGAAUUCGAGAGGUUCCUAACAAAAUAUGCACAGGACUUUAUGGCAUUGAAUGGCGAUAAAUAUCCACAGUCGCACUUCCUACUGCGGCAGCUCACCCAAGCGUUUCAAAGAGAAAAGAACUAUAACGCAGAUGAAAGAUUGAAACGACUUGUUUAUGAACCUUUAAUGACUAAUGAUCCCCUUUAUCUGAUGUCCCUGCAAUAG